CUGGAUUGGGCCUGUCGGCCUUGAACACAGAUUUCCGCAGACUCUUGGCUUGAGAGGGACCUGAAAGCUUUGUCUUUGCCAUGUUUUCCAUCUGUAUCAUUUGGAUUUUGUUGUUUUGGGGGUGCUCCCCUGUUUCUUUUGUGUAGCUGUAUUAUAGCAUAACCAUGUUGUAUUGAAAUGAUCUGUUUCUGUGUCUGUUUCCCCCACCAACAUUCAUAGCUCCUCUGGGACAGGGACUGUGGAAUCAUGGCAUGUAGCAGGAAUAUAGCAUCUCUGGGAGGGAGGGGGUCUGGGAAGAGGUGCCAGGAGAUUAUUGGCAAGAUAUGGAGACAAUGCAGAUGUGUCCUCAAGAAAAUGUGUUACUUUUCCCUUUGAGAACCCAGGAUCAUAGUGCCUCCUCCAGGGCCCAGCACCGACCCGACACUUAAUAGAUGGUGGAAUGUCUGUUCUGAUGAGUGCUGGUUGCGGCAGAGCCCGUGAUCGCUAUGGCAGCCGCUUAGGUUGUGUCUCUGUUCUCUCCGCAGCGGGAGCCCAGCAUUAACCUGCUGGAGGCCUUCGUGGAGCAUUGGAAGGGCAUCACACACUACUACAUCGAAAGCACAGAUGAAAACACCCCAGCCAAGAAAACAGAUAUUCCCUGGCGGCUGAAGCAGAUGCUGGACAUCCUGGUGUACGAGGAGAGGCAGCAGGUGUCGGCCGGCGAGGCGGGGCCCUGUCUGGAGUACCUGCUGCAGCACAGGAUCCUCGAGACCCUGUGCACACUGGGCAGGGCCGAGUACCCCCCAGGCAUGCGGCAGCAGGUACUCCAGUUCUUCAGCAGGGUUCUGGCCCAGGUGCAGCACCCCCUCCUGCAUUACCUCAGCGUCCACAGGCCUGUGCAGAAACUUCUGCAACUUGGUGGGACAGUUCCUGGAUCCCUCACGGAAAAGGAGGAGGUGCAGUUCACCACUGUCCUCUGCUCCAAGAUCCAGCAGGAUCCAGAUCUGCUCACCUACAUCCUAGAAGGUAAAAGGAUUGUCAGUAGGAAGAAGGCAUCCAGAGAACCCUCCACCCUGCCUAGAGCAGCCGCCAGUGUCGGAGACAAGGACCGCCCCCAUAGCAAGACUCCCGACCCGGGUCCCUGUGGGGCCCGGGCCUGGACCACCCAGCUGCCUGCUGAGACCGAGGAGCCAGAUGGAGGGACUGGGGAGAGCAACCUGGUCACCUGCCUGAUUGGGCUGUGCAGGAGCAAGAAAAGUCGGGUGGCCUUGAAGGCCCGGGAGAACCUGCUGCUCCUGGUGAGCGUAGCUUCCCAGGCAGCCGCCACCUACCUGGUGCAGAGCAGCCCUUGCUGCCUUGUGAUCGUCGAGCACCUGUGCCAGCUAUACCAGUCCAUGCCCACCUUCCUGGACCCCGCGGACAUUGCCACUCUAGAGGGCAUCAGCUGGAGGUUACCCAGUGCCCCGUCUGAUGAGGCUUCCUUCCCUGGCAAGGAGGCCUUGGCGGCCUUUUUGGGCUGGUUUGAUUACUGCGACCACCUCGUCACAGAGGCACACCCGGUGGUUGCAGAUGCCUUGGCAAAGGCUGUGGCUGAGAAGUUAUUCGUGGAGAUUCUGCAGCCCCAGCUCCUGCACGUGUCUGAGCAGAGCAUCCUGACCUCCACCGCCCUGCUCACGGCCAUGCUGCGCCAGCUCUGCUCCCCUGCGCUGCUGCGGGAGGCCGUGACAUUUCUCCUGGGCCCGGAUCAGCAGGCUGCAGCCCUCGAGGACAGCCCCUACACUCUGUGCUCUCACCUCAUCGGGCACUGCGACCACCUCUCUGACGAGAUCAGCAUCGCCACACUGCGGCUGUUUGAGGAGCUGCUCCAGAAGCCCCAUGAGCAGAUCAUCCGCAGCCUGAUCCUGUGCAACCUUGAGGGACGCCCUUAUGUGGCCCGGGGCUCACCAGAGCCCGAGAGCUACGAGGACACCCUAGAUCUGGAGGAAGACCCCUACUACUUCACCGACGGCCUCCUUGACUCUGGCUUUCAACCCCCUGCAAAGCCACCCCCAGCCCCUGCCACCAACUCAGAUGGCAAAACAGCAGUGACCGAGAUCGUCAACAGCUUCCUCUGCCUGGUUCCUGAGGAAGCCAAGACCUCAGCUUUCCUGGAGGAGACUGGCUACGACACGUAUGUCCACGACGCUUACGGACUGUUCCAGGAAUGCAGCUCCCGAGUCGCCCCCUGGGGCUGGCCUCAGAGUCUCACUCCCUUGGACCCCCAUGAGCCUGAACGGCCUUUCUUUGAGGGUCACUUCCUCCGAAUGCUGUUUGACCGCAUGUCCCGGAUUUUGGAACAGCCAUACAGCCUGAACCUGCAAGUGACCUCAGUCCUGUCCCGGCUCGCCCUCUUCCCCCACCCCCACAUCCACGAGUACCUCCUGGAUCCCUACAUCAACCUGGCCCCUGGCUGCAGGAGCCUGUUCUCUGUCCUUGUGAGGGUGAUUGGGGACUUGAUGCAGAGAAUUCAGAGGGUACCCCAGUUCCCAGGCAAACUGCUCCUGGUGCGCAAGCAGCUGAUGGGUCAGGUCCCUGGGGAGCAGCUGGACCACCAGACCCUCCUUCAGGGCGUGGUAGUACUUGAGGAAUUCUGCAAGGAGCUGGCUGCCAUUGCUUUUGUCAAGUUCCCCCCACAUGGUCCUCACCUGCGCCUCUCCCCAGCCCCGGAAGGGCAUGUCUGAGCCAGGAGCACAGCAGGAGGGGAGAUUCCUGUCUGCAUCUCUGCCUGGGAGCUGCCGCCCACCUGGCACUGCCACCACUGUCCCCGCCGGGGCAGGGGCUU